GGUCCCCAGGCGCGGGCACCUCCGGCAGCCCGGGCCGCCCCCGUCACCGAGGCAUCGGGGCGGCUGAUGGGGGCGGGAGGUCCCCGCUCCCCGACGGGCCCGGCUCGGCCCUGGCGCUUCCCCGGGCGGGGCGGGGCGGGGGCGGACCCGGAAGGCCGCGGCAGGUGCUGGUCCCGGCCGGCAUGGAGGCGGCCCCGGCCCGGUACCAGGCCCGGUACCAGCGGCUGCGGGGCAGCGACAGCGACGGGGAGGAGGCGGUGGAGCUGCGGGGCGGGCCGGGCCGAUCCUCGCUGCAAGUGCUGCUUCACCAGCACCACUGGGAGACCUGCGCCCGCGUCUCCUCGGCUCUGGUGCUGCUGGCGCUGGCCUUGGCCUUGGCCUUUUCCCAGAUGACCUCGCGACUGGGCAGCACCCAGGCUCACAGGCAGGGUGGUGGCGCUGGGCAGAUGGGGGCUCAGGAGGAGCCUGGCGACAUCCCAUCUGCGGCUCACAUGCAUGCCCCGGGCAUUUACCAUCACGCCGCCCUCAUCACCAGCUCAAAGACCUGCUCCCGCCUGGGGAAGGACCUGCUGGUGGCCGGAGGGAACGUCGUGGAUGCUGGGAUUGCAGCUGCGCUCUGCCUGGGGCUGGUCCACCCGCACGCCGGGGGGCUGGGCGGCGUGUUCUCAGCCCUGCUGCACAACGGCUCGUCGGGCCGCACCGUGGUGCUGAACGCCAUCCCGCGCCGUGGCUUCUCCCAGCGCUACGGGCUGCCCGUGGCCCUGCCGGGCCUGCACCUGCUGCACCGGCACUACGGGCGCCUGGCCUGGCCGCGCCUGCUGGAGGGGCCGGCGGAGCUGGCGCAGCGAGGCGUCCGCGUGGGCCGGGAGCUGGCUGCGGCCCUGCGGGAGAGCGCGGGCGCGGUGAAGGCCUCAGGGCUCUGCAGCCUCUUCUGCGAUGGGGCCGGCGAGCUGAAGGGCCAGGGCGCGCUGGUCACCCACCCCCGGCUGGCGGCCCUGCUCCGGGCGGUGGCAUCGGGGGACGACGCCCUGCCCCGGGCCCUGGCCCCGGACCUGCCCCCGGCCGAGCGGGAGCCCUUCCUGCAGGCCAUGGGGGACUUGGGCCUGGAGCUGCAGAACCCCCUGGCCAUGCGGCUGGGCAACACCUGGCUCCACGGAGCCCCGGCUCCUGCCGCCGGCAGCCUGCUGGCCAGCGUCCUCGAGGAGGUGCGGGCAGCCGAGCCCGGGGAUGCGCCUGAUCCCUGCCUGAGGGCCCUGAGCGCGGCCCGGCGCGGCUUUUCCCGGGGGCUUGUGGGGGCUGUGGGUGGGGGCCCCUCACUCCGGCCCCCUCGCCCUGGCAGGGGCCCCUCGCCCGUGGGCAGCCACUUGGCCGUGGCAGACAGCCAAGGGAACCUCCUGCUGCUCUCAGCCUCUCUCAACAGCUCCUUCGGCUCCAAAUUCCUGGCGCCCGCCUCGGGCAUCGUGCUGAGUGACCUGACAGCGCCCGCGGGGCCCGGCCUGCUCUCCUGGGCCUGCCCCGUGGUGCUGAGCCUGGGGGAAGAGGGGACAGUGGUGGGGUUGGGGGCCACAGGGGGCAGUGCGGCCCCACUGGCUCUUGCCCAGGCCAUUAUAAACCAGGUGUACCUGGGGCAGUCCCUGCAGGAGGCGCUGGAGAGCCCGUGGCUGCAGCUCAGGGGCGGGGGGGAUGGGGCCCCCCAGGGCUGUGGGCUGGGCACCCCGACAAAUCUGUCCAGUGCUGAGUGGGCUGGGGGGGCCCCGCAGGCGGGCCCCUGGGUGCUGCAGGUGGCAUCACAGGGUGAGCACGCACGUGCCCUCGCCGCCCCGGCUGCGUGCUGCCAUCACGAGGGGUAUUAGCCCCAGGGGCCUGGCUCAGAGCCCAGGGCGCUGGCGUGGGCAGGGCUGGUGUGCUCGGUGAGCCAUGGGCCCCAAGCUGGCCCUGACCACUUAGUGCCGGCACAGGGUGAGUGGCUGGUUCUGGCAGCCCCGGUUGGACUCCCCUGCCCAGGGGCCGGUGCUGACCCCACUCCUGGCUGGCCCCCUUCCCCUCCUUGCCGGCAUGGCAGGGCUAUGUAGGGCCCCCCUGUCACGGAGGGGUCGGGCUACUGCCCUGUCCAUCAGGCCAGCCCAGGUUCCCUGGGGCUUGGGGCACGCCAGGCUCUGGUUCCUCCCUGCUCUCCACUUUGGGGCCCCACUGCCGCCUGGCACCGCUCUGGAGAUGGCCCCACUCCUGGCCCAGCCCCCUCCCCCCAGAUCCCUGCCAGACACUCCUGGGUCCGGGCGUGACGGGAGCUGCAGCUCUGGCGGUGGGCACGACCCUCGCGCUGGCUGGUGCCCGCAGCCCCAGACGCACACAGGAGUUGGGCUGAGCGGAGCCUGGCUGGGGGGCCCCGGAGACUGACGGUGCAUUGGCCCAGCCGGGACAUUUCCGAAGGGCUGGGCGGGGGGCGGCAGGGCCCUGGGCUGGAGAGAUGGGCUGCACUUGGGGAGAAGUGGCAGGAGAGGUGGGUUGGCUGCCGGGGCAGAGGCUCGGAGUGGGGGGCUUGUGGCCUCUCUGUUGUGUGUGUCUGUAAAGGGAGAAAUAAACCCACUGGGUGCCGUGCAGCCUGGUGUGUCGCUCGUGGUGCGUCGGCCCUGGGCCACUGCUCCCAGCCCAGGGGCCCCUGGGGUGCGUCCCCCACCUGACCAGGAGCUCUUAGGCAGGUUGGAAAGGAGGCUCUUAGCCCGGGAGAGCCUGGGCCAUCUCAGGGGUCCUUGGCCGGGGGGUUAAUGUGAGGACACAAGGGAAGGAGCCAGCCCUGGUUGCCUGGCCACCCGCCCCCAAGCUGCUGUAACCCAAACCCCUCCCUGGCUGGGGCGGUGCCAGCUGCUC